UACCAAUAUUAAACUUCUUUUCUUUCUAUUUUAAAGUUGUUCAUUUUUAAUGGAUUUCAUUGUCCAACAUUUAACUACAGAAAAGGAAAACUGUAUUAAAACCCGCUUUAAAAUAUUUAAAGUAUUCUUAAUUGCUUUCAUGUUUUUCCUGUCUUCAUUUCCUUUCAAUCAAGGGUACCGGUUUUCUGAAGAAGAUAUACUCAAAAUAGAAAAGAGAAUGGCUGGUGGUCUAGACGACUUUAAAGUCCCUUAUGUGGUGAAUAUUGGUUUUACAAAUAAAACUCAGUGGUGUGCAGGGAUGAUAAUUCACAAAUCGUGGAUCCUGACUGCAGCUCAGUGUAUCAAAAAGCAAAGUGUUUUGGUGUUCCCACCGACUGAAAGUAUUAACGCAUCGAGUGGAAUAACACCAAGUGAAACCAUUUCCCAUGAUAAGUACGAAGAAGAAAAAAUUUCAAAAUAUGAUUUAGGCCUUAUAAAACUCAGUAAGGAAUUGUCGAUUGAUGGUACAUCAAUAUCCGUUUUACCUCUCUCUAAUGAUCCCUGGCCUCAGAAUGAUACUACUAGCAUAGGGUUGGAUUGCACCACAUCAGGAUAUGGUCUUAAUUCAUUAAAAAGUACACCUACCAACAUUCUCAAAACUCUUUCAGUUAAGGCAGUCCAUGGCGAUCAUGGUUGCCCAUGUUUAAGAUCAUUUCAAAAUCGAAGGUUGGUCUGCUUGAAUGAAAAAACCCGUGGCCUGUGCAAAGGUGACAUAGGAGCACCGUUAGUGUGCGAUGGAAAAGGUGUCGGUGUCGGUCAUUUCAUAUACGAAGCUCACAAUUGUGCACAAACGAAUAUUGGUGCUAAGAAAAAAGAAUGUGGGAAAUCGCAAAGCGCUUACAUGUACAUUUGCCCUCAUCUCGACUGGAUCAGCAAACAUGUACCUGACGUUCCUAAAACACCUCAAAGUUGUAAAGCAUGGACAAAUCAGUUGAAUAAGAUGUCUGUAUUAUUUGUUGUCAUUACAUAUGUAUUAUAUUGUUAUUUGGUAUUCAUUAUUAAAAAUCAAUACAUUAUUAUGCAACUGCAGCAUUUAUAUCUGGCUACUGUAGCAACAAGGUUUGCUCUUCAGGAUUACUUGCCAAGUAAUUAUUUUGAAAAUUGUAAAAUAAGAAUAAAUAUUUUAAAUACUGUAUCUGUAUUAGACUUGAUCGAAGCUUGGUGA